AUGAUCAAGAGUCGUCGAGGCCCUCUGCGUGGUACGUCUUUAGCAAGGUCGGUAGGGUGGUUGAAAGAUGGCAGAUUCGGAUCGUGGCAGGUUGACUGAAUACGAAGGGAGGGCGGGGUUCAAAAGAGCUCCAGGGGCGUGGAGCUGACGCAGUCAACUGAGUGGUUGGAUGCCUUCUCUGACGUAAUUGGGCAGUGAGCUUAAUGUUUACAGUACUUGGACUUGCAUUUUUGCCCCUGAGUACCGCUCCGUACCAUUCAUCCAACCGCCUUCACACCAACCUGGGCAGCAUUAACCCAGGAUGGAACGCGAAGCUCGUUUGGUCCCUCCCCCCCUUUUUUUUUCUCCUGCUUCGUUUAGAGAAACAGAGAACGGGAGGAGAGGAGGACGAGGCGGAGGCGGAGGCGGAGGCGGAGGAGAAGAGAGGUGGGUGGGAAUCGGUCAAUCCAUACCUGCUACACGUCGCUUUUAGAUGAUGGUCGUAAUGUGUUGAUGCACUUGGGAGAGUUGGUGUUAUUGCGAGAAAGGAGAC